CAAUCAUAAAAGAAGGAAAUAUUCAAUGGAUUCCAUCUUUGUAUCUUAUGCCAACCCAUCACCAAAACUAAGCAUCCAAGCUGGAGUGGAUUCGAUGCUACCCAUGACAAAAUCUAAAUCAAAACAACCCAAUACCCAGCAAACCAAGCACCAUUCCUCUCUGUUUCUCCUUCUCUCUCAAGUUCUGAAUAUGUUAACAAGAGCAUUCACCAAACCACGAAAAAGCAACACCAAAGAUGGGGACCAGAACGGCAGCAGAUCAGGCUCCUUAAAUGAAUACUAUGAUGAUGACUUCAUUGUGGGGGUGAUGGAUGAUCGACCCUUGAUCUUUUGUGGGGAAAAUAUCGGUGGGUCCAAGUUAAGCUUGAAGGAGGUUUUGAGAGCAUCUGUUGGGGUGAUGGGUGAGAGCCGACUGGGGAUGACAGAGAAGGUGGUGUUGUUAAAUGCCAAAGUUUAUGCAGUGAAGAGAUUCAAGAAAGCAAGUGUUGGAAGAAGUGAGUUUGGGAGAAGAGUUGAUAGAUUGGCUCAAGUGAGCAGCAAGAGUGAGUAUCUUGUGCCAAUCACUGCAUAUUUGUACUCAAAGAGGAUCAAGAUUGUCGUCUCCGAUUACUAUCCCAUGGGGAGCCUUGCUGAUUUGCUCUCUGGGGGAAGAGAACACGAUCACACAGCUCUAGAUUGGAAUCAAAGGCUGAUGAUAGCCCUGGACAUCGCCAAAGCAAUUGCUUUCAUCCACACACAAUCUCCACGACGAGGAAAGAACAUGCACAUGAAUGUGCACGGGGACAUAAAAUCGUCUAAUGUCAUGAUAAAUAUCGACUUCACUGCUCGUUUAUUGGGUUAUGGUUUCACACAGAUAGCAGAGCGAAUAGAGGUUUCAGAUACAUGGCAGCACGAACCACCGCCAUUAACAACAAAUGACAGCUUGUACUGUGAAAACCUCUGCCAAAAGUGUGAUAUUUAUAACUUUGGUAUACUUCUUAUGGACAUGCUAGGAGGAUCUGGGGAUGAUGAUUUCCAGAACUGGACACAGGAGAAGAAACAAGAUAUCAAAGACGGCGACGUUGAGUUUUUUGAAUUCAUUAUGGAAGGGAAAGAAAGAAAACAAGCUUUGAUGGUUUUGGACAUUGCAUUGGCAUGUAUAAACAAGUCAGCUGAUGACAGGCCUUCAAUAGAGCAGAUACUACUCUUUCUAGAAGAUGUAUUAAUAGAAAAACAAUUCCCCCUUGAUUUAUAAAGACAAUAUUUUUGUAUAAAUCUGAGCACUAAGCGAGUUUAUAUAACUUAAUGCACAUAUUCAUCUAUGCCUA